AUGGAGGUUUGGAACCAUUUUGAUCGCCUUUUCAAUAUAAGAUCCUUCCAAACGGAUUCCAUUCAGUCCCGGCGGUUUAACGGAUCUCGCAGGAAAUCCCAAGUAGGCUACGUCACGUCUAUGCUUACUAUUUUUUCAGUUUGGGAACUCUGGAAGGAAGGCAAUAGCAGUAAAUUAGAAAACCCAAUAUCUCAACCGGCUGCUAUUAUUCCAAAAAUUACGGACUGGCUGAAAGACUGUUCUCAGCUUCUUGACAUCAGAUCAUCUUGGACGUUUACUGAUUCUAUUCUUCUGGAUGCGCUCUACAUUCAUCAAGCUCGUAAACUCGCAAUUGACUCCAAAAUCAUUGUUGAUUGCUUCAAUGAAAAUAAAGAAGCCCCUAAAAUUACCCAUACCGUCACUCAUGGUGGAGCUUCAUUUCAUCCAAAUUAUCGGCUGGCCCUUUCAAAAUCGUCUAUACAUUUAGAGAAAACAACAAAGUGGCAGACUCUUUAG